AUGCCCAACCCCGUGCUGCUAUAUUGCCUGGUCCUCCUGGCUGGGAUGGGGACCAGCCGAGGAGAGAACGCCCAGUCUGAGGAAACCUGCACCCACUUUCCAGGUGGCCUGCCUCACAUGCUUCGAGAACUCCGAGCUGCCUUUGGCAAGGUGAAGAUUUUCUUUCAAACAAAGGAUCAGCUGGAUGACAUGCUGUUAAGCGAGUCCCUGCUGGAGGACUUUAAGGGUUACCUGGGUUGCCAAGCCUUGUCAGAGAUGAUCCAGUUUUACCUAGUGGAGGUGAUGCCCCAGGCAGAGAACCACAGCCCAGAUGUCAAGGAGCACGUGAACUCCCUGGGGGAGAAGCUGAAGACCCUCAGACUGCGGCUCCGGCGCUGUCAUCGUUUUCUUCCCUGUGAAAAUAAGAGCAAGGCCGUACAGCAAGUGAAGGAUGCGUUUAGCAAGCUUCAAGAGAAAGGCAUCUACAAAGCCAUGAGUGAGUUUGACAUCUUCAUCAACUACAUAGAAGCCUACAUGACAGCGAAGAUAAAUAGCUAAAACAUCCAGAAGGGCAACUCUACUGGACUCUAGGA